AUGCAUGAUCCAACAGAUCGAACUACAAAUUCAUUGUCAUCAUCAACGAUGUUAUCAAGUCCAAAUCGUUUAUUAAAUACUCAUACACCAAAAUUAAGUCGACCAUCUCAACAACAAAAUCUUUCAAAAAAAAUGAAAGUUAGUCAUGUAAAUGGCGUACGACCAACAUCUCAUGAAGGAAAUCCAACAGUUCGAAGUUCUAAAAGUGAUACAUCUUUACGAUGCCCAUUAAGACAAACAUUACCCAUAUUUAAGCAACCAGUUACUUAUUAUCCUACGCAGCGCGAUGAAGUUAAGCCACAAGUUAUUAAUUCAAAUAAUCUAACAACAGCAAAUGCUAAUAGUGGUGGAAAACCAAGUGAAAAAACAAAACCAAGACAACUUUUUUGGGAAAAACGAUUCCAAAACAUACGACCAACGGAUAUCGAUGGACAACCUUUCGAACAUGUUAAGUUACCCGAACAAAUUAAAGGUAUCGGUCUUAAUAUGUCACCAGAAACAAUUGUUAUAAGUCUUGCAACAUCACUUCAUUUAUAUAGUAAUUCACGUGCACUUUUUGGUCAAAGUAAACAAUUUCAAAAAAAUCCAACUAUUCAUGUUCAACGCGAUCAACCAUUAAUUGAACACGUUACAAUUACUGAUGAACAUAUUCGUGCUCAAGAAAGUAAAGUCAAUGAAUUACGUCGACGUAUUCAACAAACAAUGCGUAGCAAUAAUAAUAGUGCCAAUAUGAAAAUGGAAGCCUAA